GAGGAGGAGAUAAGAGGAGGAGGAGAUGAGUAAGGGUUUUGGCUACGUGGUGGAUGAGUUCACUUCCGACGUCAAUCCUAGUGACGCCAACCCAAUCGACCUGGACCAGUUCAACAUGGAUGAGUUCGUCACCGUGGACGAGGUGGAAGGGGAUGAGGCGGACAACGCCAACCCACCAGAGCCAUCAUCUUCAUCACCCAAUACCCAAGAUGGCACCUAUGGAAGGUUGGAACGAUCAUCCAAACGCAAGAGGGCUACCCCUGAUACCCCAAUUUCUACUAUGAAGUCAAGCCAGGAGAAGGGGAGGCCCCUGUCCAAAAGCACUCCCACCCCAUCUUCUUCUACCUCUACCCCCCCUGGACAGAAGAAUCCACGACAAGCCGCAACAGCCAAAAAAACGCAGGCGGCAAAAGCUCAACCACCUGCCUCCGCCGGACGCAAGACCGGGUCGUCAGCCGCAGCUGCUGUUGUCGCGACGGAAGCCGCAGAAACCCGAGAAACUGUCACUGACGAUGACCCCACAGUCAGGAUGGAAGCGGAGCCUCUUGCCGUGGAGCUUCUGUCUCAGCCAAUUGGGGGAGCAGCCGCUGCUCAGUUGGUAGAGGGAGUAGAGGUCACAAAGGGAAGUGACAUGGAGGGUGUGUUACCGUCAUGCGACCACAAGGUGUCAGUGUUGGGCACGGCAUUGCCGGCGAACAAGGAAGUAGAAAGUGCUGGGUCAGAGAUUGGUAUGGAGACUACAGCUGGAAAACCUCCAGAGGUAGACGGGAGCGAGGAGAAGGCCCAGGCUAAAAAAGGUGACUCGAUUCUGGGUAGCAAGGCUCAGAAUGAAGGCUGCACACUGGAGCUUGGCUUGACUGAUCCGUCUUCCACAGCCAAGGAGCAAGACCUUCAUACAACCCUAGAACUACAAGGGCUUGAGACGGUGUCGGGUCACCAAGUGCCCCAAUCACUCGUUGACAAAGUGCCCAAAGAAAAUGUGGGUUUACAGAUACCCAACAAAACCGUGAAUGACACCGUGGUGCCUGCAGCCUCUGAAUCUACGGCUUCCCAGGAGCUCCAAACUACUCCAGAGGAACGCCAAGACGAAGAAGAAUCUGCUUUCCACAUUCUGGACUCUGUAGAAGACACUGAAGACCGAAGAGAUUCUCUACCCAGAGAGAUGGAAGGGUUCCACAUUCUGGACUCUGUAGACGAUCAGGUGACAGAAGCUCUGGAAAUCCAUUCUACUGAAUCUAAGGGUACCUCAAAACCCCAGAAAGCGAGUUACAAAAAGGGUAAUAUUCAAAAGAAGGUUGGCAAGAAGAUAGCUCAAACCCCUGAGAAGAUACAGACCCCACCAGUGGAGUCAGAGAUGGGUGAGGGAGGUACCCACAAAAAGACCAACCGUGUCCCCUUGGAUGAGGUGAGUGAGGAAGAGGAGAGUUACCCUGACGACGCUGCCGAAGAGGAAGAGCUGAUGAAGAAACAGAAACUGGCGAAGGAGAAACGGCGAGACAGAGAAUGGGAGAAGGAGAGGAGUACAAAGCGGGUGAGGAGCAGAGAGAAGGAGCAGGAAUGGAAGAGGGGGAAGGGGAGGUUCAGUGUGGACACGGAAUGGUUGGUGACUCUGGAUGAGAUCGGAGGAGAUGGGGAUGAGAGAGGAGAGGAGGGUGCGAGGGAUCAGGAGAGCGGGAUGAAUGAGGCAGACCUUCAAGAAUUGGUCACUCUGGAUGAGAUCGUUGGCGAGGAUGGAGGGGAGGGUCCUAACCCGGAGCCACACCCAUUCAGGCAGGAGGACGAAUCAGGAGACUCCUUCAACACAGAGACUAUGGUGACCCUGGAUGAGACUGGAAGUGAUCAUGAGAUGGAGGAAGUGCAGCCCAAGAAGUCUCCAGAACCAGCCCAGACCCGGCACGCUGACAACACAGGUGAGGACUUUGUGGUUUCUGAGGCAGGGUUCUUCUGUAAGUUGUGUUCUCUGUCUGGGAGUGAAGACAAGAAGACCCACUGCAGCAGUCUACAGCACUGUCAGAACAUGCAGAAACAUUACCCGAAGCAUCAGAAGCAACAAGCAGGAAGUUCUAGACAAGGCUCCGCCUCCAAGUGACCCCUGACCACACCCCUGGGUGUGUCUAAAAUGUGACCAUUUCCCCAGUGCUCUGGUUGAUAGAUAGGGCUCUACUAUAAUAGGGUGAUAGAGUGCAGUUUGAUAUUUCAGCUGGUCUAGGAUCAGGUCCCCCAUGUUCAUAUUGUCUUAUUCAUUAUGAUUUAAAAGGUGAAACUGGUCCUGGAUCAGCCCUCCCUCCUACUCUGAGACGUUUUGUGGAUAUUGGGUCCAAUAUGACACAGAUUUUAGAUUAAUUUGUUUUGUUAGCUUUUUUGGGGGGUGGAUUUAAAUAUCAUUAAACUGUUUAAUUUAUCCAGAGUAACUCAGUCAGCAGAGACCAGACAUAAUGUAUGUAUACGGAGAAAGUAAUAAAUGUAGUUUUUAUUACGAA